AUAUAAGCUGAAGUCACCAGGAUACUUUCUCUUUUAUCACACUUCUUCCUCCGAAGGCAGUUUGAGCUCGGCAGCAUAAUGGGCUUUGGCGAUCUUAAAUCCUCUGCUGGCAUCAAGGUUCUCAACGAGUUCCUAUCCGAUAAGAGCUACAUCGAGGGAUAUGUGCCAUCCCAGGCUGAUGUAGCGGUGUUCGAGGCUCUUUCUGGUGCUCCCCCUGCUGAGCUCUUUCAUGCUCUUCGUUGGUACAACCAUAUUAAGUCAUAUGAAAAACAAGCAUCUAGCUUGCCUGGAGUAAAGAAACCCUUGGGCAAGUAUGGCCCUGUUAACAUUGAAGACACAACAGACAGUGCAGCCACUGAAACAAAGGAGGAGGAUGAUGAUAUUGACCUCUUUGGCUCAGAUGAUGAGGAGGAAAGUGAGGAGGCACAAAGGGUCCGAGAGGAGCGCUUAGCACAAUAUGAAUCAAAGAAGUCAAAAAAGCCAGCACUUAUUGCUAAAUCAUCCAUUCUACUUGAUGUGAAACCUUGGGAUGAUGAGACAGAUAUGGCCAAACUAGAACAAUGUGUCAGAAGUAUUGAGAUGGACGGCUUGCUCUGGGGAUCAUCAAAGCUUGUCCCGGUUGGUUAUGGAAUCAAGAAACUGCAGAUUCAGUGUGUGGUGGAAGAUGACAAAGUUGGCACAGAUGUUCUAGAGGAGAAAAUCACUGCAUUUGAAGACUACGUACAAUCUAUGGAUGUUGCUGCAUUCAACAAAAUUUAAAGCCAGCCCCUAUUCCUGAAUAGCACUUCAAUAAAAUGGUUAAAUUCC